GUGAUUGUUCCUGUUCUCUUUCUUAAGUCACUUCAAAUGCUAUCCGUGGACAGGCGGCUCAUUGUCAGGAGAGUUGCAGUGCGAGCAGGAGGGAGAGAUUCGCAGGUACAGGUACAACAGCAGCAGCUGCAGCAGCACUUCAGCCACAGCAUCACAGAAAACACACUCCUCUGCUACACUCAGCUGAAAGAAGAUGGAAACAGACAGAGUAAACUUCUCACCGGGAAGAAGUCCUCCUCUCAGAGAUGAACUGAGACAAGCAUCUCAGCACAGUUUCUACCUGAACCCACCUCCGCUCUAUAUCAAGCCCCCAAAAUUCUCCCCUCCUGGAUACCCCAGCAUAUCACCAAGCAGGGAUACCUACAGAGCUUUCAGCCCACCUGCUUUCUUUCCCAUACUCGGCCCUGCUUUCGCCCAAAAGGAGGGAUCCCAAAAACGCAAAAGAACUCCUUUCAAAAUGGAUGCCCAAGAAGGUGAAUCUCCUGACGGAGGAGCAGAAGAGGCAGAAGAAAGCAGCAGUAAAAAGACAGUAGACCUCUCCCACAUCCCCUUCUCCCUUCCACCUCGCCCCAUUCCUUCUCCAUCUCCAAAACCCCUUCCUGGUAUGAUAGAGCUCAACAGACUGCACAGGUCACCGGGUUUGAAUCUACCUGUGCAGGUGAAACAGGAGCCUCUCAGUCCUUCCCCUGUUUGGCCUCCCUCUCCUCUUCUUCUCCACCCUCCGUACUUCCCACCUCUUCACCACAGCCUCCUCCCAUACCCCUUCUUCAUGCCUGGGCCUGUCAUGCACCUCCCUCCUGGUGCUUUCUACCCCAGGGAGGACCUCCGACCUGGUCAUCGCACCCGCGAUGGAGGUCCCCGAAGUGGGACAUCCAGUGGCGAGAAGCUCGGGCUCAACAUCCACAUCGACGACAGCUAUUACGUUGAUGUCGGAGGUGACCAGAAGAGAUGGAAGUGUCGCAUGUGUGACAAGUCCUACACCUCCAAGUACAACCUGGUCACGCACAUCCUGGGCCACAACGGCAUCAAGCCCCAUGGAUGCCACCUGUGUGGGAAGCUUUUCAAGCAACUGAGUCAUCUGCACACACACCUGCUCACCCACCAGGGCAUGAGGCCCCACAAGUGCCAGGUGUGCCAUAAGGCCUUCACCCAGACCAGCCACUUGAAGAGGCACAUGAUGCAACACAGUGAUGUGAAGCCAUACAGCUGCGGUGUGUGUGGUCGAGGCUUCGCUUACCCCAGUGAGCUUCGUGCCCACGAGCUGAAGCAUGAAAAAGGACAGGAGAACGUAUGCGUGGAGUGUGGUCUAGACUUCCCCACACUGGCCCAGCUGAAGAGGCACCUGACCGCCCACCGUGGCCCCACCCUGUACAGGUGUGCAGAGUGCCAGAAGACUUUCCAGUACCCGAGUCAGCUUCAGAACCACAUGAUGAAACACAAAGACAUCAGACCGUACAUCUGCAGUGAGUGUGGGAUGGAGUUCAUCCAGUCACACCACCUGAAACAGCACACGCUCACUCACAAAGGCGUGAAAGAGCAUAAGUGUCGCAUCUGUGGUCGUGAGUUCACCCUGUUGGCCAACAUGAAGCGCCACGUCCUCAUCCACACCAACAUACGGGCCUACCAGUGCCACAUGUGCUUCAAGAGUUUCGUCCAAAAACAGACUCUCAAGGCUCACAUGAUCGUCCACUCGGACAUCAAGCCCUAUAAAUGCAAGCUUUGUGGGAAGGAGUUCAACAGGAUGCAUAAUCUAAUGGGGCACAUGCAUCUCCACUCAGACAGCAAACCCUUCAAAUGCCUCUACUGCCCGAGCAAGUUCACACUAAAGGGAAACCUCACCAGACACAUGAAGGUCAAACACGGCGUCAUGGACAGAGGUCUGGAUGAAAGAUUGUUUAGGCAAAGAGGACGGUUCUGCCUGACCACUCCCAUGGGCCUCCUCACCCACUUCAGCCAAGAGGAGCCGUUUGACCUGUCCCAGAAGCAGCCGGGCCUGCCCAGCCUCCGCCUCUCCCAGUCUGAUGGCGAGAGCGUUCCGGGAAGCUCGUGUCAGGAGGAAGACGAGGAGAGUUUAUACAGAAGGAGCCAGUACAGCCCUGAGCUGGAGGAGAGAGCACAGGGAUCUCCUGACGAACUGAGGCCAGGCGAGAAACAAAAAAAGCUGUACCAGCAAAGUUUAGAUGAUGAGACAUUUGAGAGGGAGUCAGCAGCAGAAGGACAAUCUGUAGAUCCCAGAGGUGACCAGGCGCACCUCUUGCAGUCAGAGACAUCUUAUGAAUCUGAUUUAGAGCUAGAUGAGCAGGCGUACCACCGUGAGGCAGGCUGUAGACAGUCAUAUGAUUACGACUCUGAUUCAGACCUAGAGGAUCAUCACCAAGAGCUAGAUGAGGCAGAGCAAGGCAAACAGCAGUUGGAUGGCUUGUAUGGGGCAGCCAUCGAUGAGGCAGAGCACAAACAAAGCAGUUUGGAGACAGGUGAAAUAGCACACCACUCACGCACAAGUGAAUUUACGGGUCCACAGGACGAAGAAGAAGAAGAAGAAGAAGAAGACAAAGAACAAGAAAAAAUAGUGAAGGAGUGAGAAGAUGCAGGUUUUUGGGGAAUGCUUAUGUUUUCUUGACAGGAAAAUGGACAGGAUGUUCAGGAGACACUACCCUGAGGAGAGAGGAAAAUGUGUAGGUCUCUAAAUAAAACUUUUUAUGGAGGUUGUGGUAUAGUAGCUCAGCACAAAAAGAAGAAAGAUGAACAUAUCAUGUUUUUUAACAGAGCAAAAAGUAAAAAGUAACUGAAAUACAAAGCUGUGAAGCAUACUGCAUGUACAGAACAUAUCAUACACUGAUAAAUAGUCACUGACAGAGGGUUAAUGUGGUUUAUGAGUGGGAAAAUAUGAUUAGGAUGUAGCUUUUCUGUAAAUAGAAUGCAAAGAGAUAUUUAAUAUUUUUGUUUAUUUUGUUUUGUUUUUUUUACAAAUCAUUUUGCAAUGUUAACUCAAAUAUGCAAUGUAAUUUUGUUCUAACUUUGACUUUCUUUUGUGUUAGAUCUAUGAUAUUGAAAUCAAUGAUUAGGUUGUAUCCAUUGUUUAUGUCUUUUUAUUUUGUGGGACAUUGUUAACAUCUGAUUUAUUGAGUGUAAUGAUGUAGUUUUUGACAGAUACAGAUAUGACAAUGCUUGAGUUUCUCAAAUCUUUGAGUGUUUUUAUUAAAUAUACUGUGAUUUUGUUUCAAUCUAUAUGACUUUGUUAGUUCAGUUUUUGGGGGGAUGGCUGUGUUUUUAUUAUAUGGCAGUGUAAUGGUGGUCAACCUGAAUAUGAUUCUGCUAAAUAAAUACAAAAAUAAAAGCUUGAAUGCAUGAA